UCUCUCUGCUAGACACUGUACUACUUAGUGCACGUAUAUGUGUGGAAGAUUUGGGAUUGAACCCAGGUGUGACUGUGAGUGUAUGUAAGUGUGUGUGUGUGUGUGUGUGUGUGUGUGUGUGUGUGUGUGUGUGUGUGUGUGUGUGUGUGUGUGUGUGUGUGUGUGUGUGUGUGUGAGUGUGAGUGUGAGUCUGGGUGUGUCUCCUGUUCUGCACUCAUCACACUGACAGAUCAAUGACCGAACCUGGUUCCUGGUUGUGACUUGAGACAUUCAGACGGUUCACAAUGGAUUUGUAUAAUUCUUGGUUGAUUUCGUUUCUUCUGGCAAACAUGUGGUUGUGUUGUGGAGCCCAGCUUGUGAUGCCCACACGGAUGAGUGGUGUGAGGGAUAAAGGCAUGAACUUCACCGUCACGGUUCCUCCUAACCCUAAUGUCCUGACAGUGACAUGGACUGUCACCAGUAGUACCGGCAACACUGUUCCUAUCUGUACGGCCACCGCGCAGAACGAGAAGGUGUUCGACAACUACAAGGGUCGUGUGAACUACUACAGGAGCUCGUACACGCUGGAGAUCAUCUCACUCAUGCCCGCAGACAGCGGAGUUUAUUCUCUCACUAUAGUCUAUACCGAUCUGAACCAGCUCAUGGGUCAGACUACACUCGUGGUGCUGGAGCCUGUGGCAGAUGUUAGUGUCACCUCCAACCUCAAUGAAGCCGUGGAAAUCAACAGCACUGUAAUUCUAACCUGCGUCGCAAAAGGGUCUUCACUCUCGUACAUUUGGCUGAACAGCUCCACUCCCCUGGUGGCGGACGGGAAUCAUAUAGUGCAGAACGGCAGCCAGCUCAUCAUCAAUAACGUUUAUCGUGGAGAUUUGCUAGGGCCGAUCAACUGCACAGCCAAGAACCAACUGGAAUCCUCAACUAGUGCCGCUUUCAACCUCACCGUCAACUAUGGCCCUGAUCCUGUCACUAUAAGACAAGACCCCAUUACUGCUUCCCUGAAGAAAGGAUCCAACGUGACAUUGUCAUGCUCUGCUAACUCCAACCCUGCAGCUACAUUUAUAUGGCUUUUUAAUCAAGCUCAACUUCCCCAGACUACUGCUACAUUAGUGCUUUUAAACCUAGCAGAGGAGCAGAGUGGCAACUACAGCUGCAUUGCCUACAACAGCAAGACCCUGCGCUAUGUCAGUUCAGAGGUCGUCAAAUUCUCCGUCAUAGAAGCCAUUUCAGGGACAAGCAUCAGUGCCCCUGCAGUGACUCUUAUUGCUGGUAACAGCACAGUGAACCUUACAUGCACUUCCAGCACAGGGAAAGCAGACAGUGUGCAUUGGCAUAAGAAUGGCAAACCUCUGGAUAGUAGCAAUCGCAUCAUCUUCUCCAUGGACAAGAGCACUGUCACCAUCCUCACUGUAAAGAAGGAGGACACUGGAGAGUACAAAUGCCAGCUGAAGAAUAAAAUCAGCAAUGAUGCCAACAAUUACACGCUGACAGUCAACUAUGGACCAGAUGAUGUGGUAAUAAAGGGAGACAAACACGCCAUGUUGGGUCACAGCGUGAUGAUGAAUUGCUCCUUCACCUCAUACCCAGUUCCCACAUUUGUGUGGAAGUUCAAUGACUCCGUUUUAAUUGGCGAGACAACUAACUGCUUGACAAUCACAAAUUUUGAAGACAAAAACAGUGGUAUAUAUACUUGUGAAGCCUUCAAUAGCGUCACCGGGCUCAAAGCUUCUGCUACCCAAAAUGUCAUUGUGAAGAAUACAGAAGAUCAGCCACAAGAUGGACUGUCUAAUGGAGCCAUCGCUGGAAUUGUCAUAGCUGUUCUAGUGCUCUUGGCAAUCAUUAUCGCUGUCUGUGUUCACAAGAGGCGGAAGAUUUCCGAUGUUCCAUCACCAUAUUAAAGACAAGGAUCAGCCAGAAAGCUUCUUCACCUUUUUUGUGUUGUUUUUGUUUCACCCAGAAGAUGAUUCCAUCAGGCAGCUGGAGAAACUGCCCUCAUUAGUGAAUCACACCUUUAGGGCUGGCCCUCUCUCUCUCCUCCAUGCGGUGUCUCCAUCUCGAUCCGUGGAGGUUGUUUUCUUAAUUAGGCAUUCCCAUCUCCCCUCCACCCGCCUACUUCAUUUCUCUAUUGGAGAUCUCACUCUGAAAUCUGCCAUUACAUGUUGACCCCACUGUCCUUUUUCUUUAACUGAAGAGAAAACUGACACUAUUUUCAUUUGUAUGGAAUGACUGUGAUGGAAUCACAUGGUCCAACCAGUCACUGCUCAUUCCAACUGAAAUAAGCUUAUCAGUCUCAACUUGGAAGGCGAAAUAUAAUUAAAUAUUGUAUUCAGUGACAUCACAGAGCUUAGUGUCAUAGUUAUUACACCUGUAUGUCAACAAUGGUUUUUUUUUCAGUUUAAUUACCUCCAUUGUGGUCUUUUUAAUAUGAUGUAUGUCUAGAACUAGAGGGUGAGUAAAUUCACGUCCGCUAAUUGCUACAAUGUCUACAGUGUUUUUGUCAGUCAAAUGUUGAUCUUCUAAACACCUUCUCCAGGUGUCCACUGCAGGUACUGCAGCAACAUCUAGUAGUGUUUAACAGACUGUUACAUCAAAGAUAGAAUUUUACCUGAUUUUUACUUUACGUUCUUUUCCUCACCACCUGACUAGGUGACAUCCUGGCAGAUUUAGAGGGAGUUAUUUCUCCACUCCAAAUAGAUUUGUUUUAAUUUUGUUUUUUGAUAAGCACACCAAAUAGUUCUGAUUUCUGUUCAACAGUUUUCAGUGAUUCGUUCUCCUGCCAGUUAGAACUAACCCACUGAAUAUUCGUCUGGUUUCUUUGUUUUUAAAACAAAUGCACAAGGUUAAAAUGUCAAAGAAUUUGAAAUGUGGACACUAAAUACUGUGUGUGUGUGUGUGUGUGUGUGUGUGUGUGUGUGUGUGUGUGUGUGUGUGUGUGUGUGUGUGUGUGUGUGUGUGUGUGUGUGAGUGUGUGUGUGUUGAGAAUGAGCAGAUUAUGUGUUUCAUUCAGACCUGCUUUCUGUUCUGACCAUCAGACUCACAUAUGUUUAUUAUUCCAGCUUUAAAACUUUUAUUCCUUUUUUUUUAUUAUAUGUAAACAAUGUCGACUUGGAGGGCCUUUUAAUCAUCCACUGCUGGUAUUUAGAAUUACACCUUUUGUGUCAAGUUAAAGGAUAUGUUUGAUUUCCAAAUUAAAGUUGUAAUUCCAAAUAUGUGUUAAAAUGUUCUAUGCAUUAUAAUUUGAAAAUAAAUUAAAGAAUGAAAAAAUGA